AUGGCGCCUGUUAUUGAGGGGGAGACUGGCAUGAUGAAGCGCGACGUUUGCGGGUAUGGCUGGUAUCUAGGACGCGACGGGUACUGCCAUGCAUAUUCGGGUUGGUACUGGUGGGGAAGAUGGGUGUUUGCGGGACUGGCGAUUCUCUUCGUCAUCCUCGUCUUUCUCCUUCUAUUCCGCAACUCUCGCCGCCGCAGAAGGCAAGGCCAACAGCCCCUCUAUGGCACGGGCUGGAUGGCGCCUGCGCCGCCUUACUAUCCUCCUCCUCCACAGUAUACUCCUCAGGACAACAACCCGCUGCCACCUGGCUACAAGCCCAACCAGAAUGAUGGGUACUAUGGCCAACAGCAGGAAGGUAUUCAACUACAGCCGCCGGCGAGCGCCUACCACCGGGCCACAGACAACACCGAUUACGCUCCUCCCCCUGGACCGCCACCGAACGCGACGAAGCCGAACUGA